CUCAACAGCACCGCAUGUCUCUGCGACAACUGCGGAGAGACGCACACAAACCGCGUUUGCUUCAAACUUUUACGCGCAUCGAGACAGAAACUAAAGUAUGAGGUUAGUUUGCUGAGAGCGCGCACGCACGCACGCACCUCUUCGGGAAGAUGGAUUGUAAGAAAAAGUUGGACACUCCGCUCUGAAUCGGGACAGAGGAGAGCAGAGAGGGAGUGUAAUGUCGCGCAAACUUUGCGGCUUUCCAAACUUUUCCUAACUCGGUUCAUGGAGUUUCGCGUCCAGUUUGGAGAGCGUCGCUCAGCGCCGGUGCCAGCUCGGUUCUAGUUUACGGGAAUCUCGACUCCUGGCACGGUUCCCCCCACCCCACCAGCACCUCGGAGAAAAACACGGAGCUGGAAGAGCUUCGGAGAGAAAAGAGCCGCCAGUGAAGUGUUGGUGAAAGGGGAGCUGCUGAGCGGCGGUGGAGGAGAGGAACACUUGAAACUGAACGAGGCGCUAAGAAAAACACACACCGGGUCUCAUAACAAAAGUCCCGCAAGCCUGAGACGAAGAGGGCAGAAGUGUGUGACAGAAGUGGAAGGGCAGCAUGGAAACUUCAGCUCCAACAGCCACCGACAAGAAGGAGUGUAAGAGCUCUGGUCUGGAUGGAAGCAGCUUCUCAGAACUCCCAAAGAAACCCUCGCCCACCACGCUGACCAGAGGUGCGCACCACCUUUUCCCCACUUUUCACACACCUAUCCCCAUUGAUAUGCGGCACCACGAGGGGCGGUACCAUUAUGAGCCACACCCACUCCAUUCAAUGCACGGACCUCCUGGACUCACGGGCAGUCCAGUCAUCUCAGAUAUUUCUCUGAUUCGCCUGUCGCCCCACGCGGCGGCCGGGACGGGCGAGUCACCGUUCAGCCCUCCACAUCCUUACGUCAGCCCUCACAUGGAGCACUACCUACGCUCUGUACACGGCAGCCCCACCCUCUCCAUGAUCUCAGCGGCCCGAGGACUGAGCCCUGCUGACGUAACCCACGAGCACUUGAAGGACCGCGCCCUAUUCAGUCUCCCGCCUCCGCCGCCGGGAGCCAACCCCGCAGAGUACUACCUGAUGGCCAGCGCCAGCCAGAGAAGCCCCUACGGCGACCUGCUGAUGCAGAGCGGGGCGGCGGCGGCGGCGGCUGCAGCGGCCGCAGCUCACCUUCCAGAUUACAUCAGCCCUGUGGACGUAUCCCGUUUUUCCAGCCCAAGGCUGACACCCCGGCUCAGCAGGAAAAGGGCGCUGUCCAUCUCACCACUGUCAGAUGCUAGCAUUGACUUGCAGACCAUGAUUCGCACCUCACCCAACUCCCUCGUCGCCUAUAUAAACAAUUCACGCUCCAGUUCUGCCGCCAGCAGCUCCUAUGGGCACCUUUCAGUCGGAGGAAUCAGCCCCACAUUCAGCUUCCCCCAUCCCAUCAACCCAGUUGCCUACCAGCAGCUGCUGUCCCAGCAGAGGGGUCUCAACGCCUUUGGCCACACGCCUCCUCUCAUUCAGCAGUCGUCGUCCUCGUUCUCUGCUCGCCAGCACCCCCUCACUGCGUCACCCAUGGCCUCCCACAAUAGCACCAACUCCGAAGCAAACCAGAACUCCAGCGGAGACCCAGCAGUGAGCAGCACUGUCAACCCACUGACCACAAAGAGGUCAAAGGUCAAGACUGAAACCGAGGGUCCCCUGCCCAUUUCACCCUCAUCUCAGGACCACGGCGGGGGGAUCCUGGACCUGAGUGAAGAUCUGGAUAAGGAUGAGUGCAAACAGGAGCCCGAGGCCAUAUAUGAGACCAACUGCCACUGGGAGGGCUGCUCCAAGGAGUACGACACCCAGGACCAGCUCGUCCAUCACAUCAACAACGACCACAUCCACGGCGAGAAGAAGGAGUUUGUGUGUCGCUGGGAGGAGUGUUCACGGGAGCAGAAGCCCUUCAAGGCGCAGUACAUGCUGGUGGUCCACAUGAGGCGACACACGGGGGAGAAGCCGCAUAAAUGCACAUUUGAGGGCUGCUCGAAGGCUUACUCUCGCCUGGAGAACCUCAAGACCCACCUCAGGUCCCACACCGGGGAGAAACCCUACGUGUGUGAGCACGAAGGCUGCAACAAGGCCUUCUCAAAUGCCUCCGACCGCGCAAAGCACCAGAACCGCACACACUCAAAUGAGAAACCGUAUGUGUGUAAGAUCCCGGGCUGUACCAAACGCUACACGGACCCCAGCUCUCUCAGGAAGCACGUCAAGACGGUCCACGGACCCGAAGCUCACGUCACCAAGAAGCAGCGAAGCGACGCUCCGCCGAGACUACAGCCACCCAAAGGCAACGGGGAGAACGAGGCCAACUCCAAGCAUGGGGCGAGAGGCGUGGAUGGCAAGAUUGAGGCCAACAGCACCUCUAGAGGAGCGGAGGACUGCCUACAAGUCAAAUCUAUUAAGACAGAGAACUCUGUGACGUAUCAGUCCAGUCCUGGUGGCCACUCAUCAUGUAGCAGCGAGCCGUCGCCUCUCAGCAGCGCCAACAACAACGACAGUGGGGUAGAGAUGGCCGUGCACAGCGGGGGCAGCUUCGGGGACCUCAGCACACAGGACGAGUGCCCCAUGGUUGACUCCACUGUUCCCGCUGGGGGACAGCAGGCUGGGAUGGGGCUUCAGUUGAGGAAAGCCAUGGGUCACGGUGGCGCAGUCACCAUCAAGCUGGAAAACAUCAAGAAAGAAAGGCUGAAGACGGUGAGGGACCCCUGCCCCUGGGGUAACUCUGCGCCACAGCCACUGCAGGGCCAACGCAGCAGCAUGAAGCUGCCUCCCAUACCUGCAGUUGGAUCCCUGCUGGAGAGCUCCAACAUAAGCAACUUAAGUGGUUCGUAUCCUGCCCAACGCUUGGAUGACCUGUCAUCAUGUGAGGUGACGCUGCUGAACCAGCUGAAUGAGCGCCGUGACAGCACCACCAGCACCAUCAGCUCAGCUUACACCCUGAGUCGGCGCUCCUCCGGUAUUUCACCCUGUUAUUCCAGCCGUCGCUCCAGUGGGACGUCCCAGUUUGGCGCUAACCGCCAUAACAAUAUCAGUUCGGCCGACUCCUACGACCCGAUCUCCACUGACCUGUCUCGCCGCUCCAGCGAGGCCAGCCACUGUGGAGGCGGAGGUAUCAGUGCAGGAGGUGGAGCAGGCCUUCCAAGUCUUCUCAGUCUUACACCAGCACAGCAUUAUCGGCUCAAGGCAAAGUAUGCUGCUGCCAUCGGUGGAGCUCCACCUACUCCACUUCCCAACAUGGAACGAAUGAGCCUAAGGACUCGCAUGGCACUCUACAGCGAGUCCCAGGAAGGUUCAUCACACCCCUUCCAUCGGCCACCCUCUGGAACGGUGCCGAGGCGGUGCAGUGAUAUUGGAUAUGGCACACAGAGCAUGAUGCCCCACGAAGUACCCACCAGCCUGCCACGCCGUGCAAGUGACCCAGUGCGCCGUACCACACUUGACCCGCUCUCCUAUCCAAGGGUCCAGCGCUAUAACAGCAUGAGCAGCAUAAACCCCAUGAAUGCUCCCCCAGCUGCAGAAUGCCACCAGACACUGGCUGCGCAGGGCUACACUCGUUCCGACGGAAGCCUGCAACGCUACCCAUUUGCACCCAGACCACCGAGCAUUUCUGAGAAUGUAGCCAUGGAGAACAUGGCAGUAGAUGGAAUGAUGGCUGGGGGUGAGCAGGGUGGAGAGGAUGAUAUGGUGCUUCCAGAUGAUGUGGUGCAGUACCUCAGGUCACAGAAUUCUGACCCCUCUGGUCACAACUCGGGACAAGCCGACUAUAAUUCCAGCAGUCAGACUCAGGGUUUCCAGACAAACAUGGUUCCACCAGCAUCGUUUUUUGCACAGAGGAGGAUGGCCACGGUGGAUGCCAUGAUGGCUCAGUUCAGUCAGGAUAUGCAGUCCUGCCAGAUGGGUCCUGGUAGCUCCCAGCAGCCUUUCGCAGCACCAUCAGACAACGUGAACAAGAAUAACAUGCCGGUGCAGUGGAAUGAGGUGAGCUCAGGGACGGUGGACACCACAGCCAAGCUUCCCAAACAGCAGCAGCAUCCUCUCAGGGGGAACCUAGCUGUUGUACAGCAGAGGCAGAUUUUUGGGUCCUUCCAGAUGCAAGGUCAGGGCCUGAGCAACAACCAGCAAGUUGUGCCUAUGAGUCAGAAUAUAUCUAUGCAGGGGUAUGUGAACAAUAGCAGCCAGAGGUCGAUGAACAUCUCCCUCCAGCAGCAUCAGCAACAGAGACAAUGCAACAACGUGAACUUUAAUGACCAAAUGAGUCCUCAGCAAGGGUUUGGCCAAGAAGCAAUCCCAAGUUCUAUAUCUGGAAGCACUAGCAUGAGACCAACCCGCAACAGUAUGGCAGAUCCAGAGGUGCAGCGUUACAGAGCAAGGACACAGACUGAUGGGUAUUCUUAUCUGAACCAAGUGGAUUCUCAGCAAAAUUACAACGCUAUCUCCCAACAGCAGCACAAUGUCCAAAAUGGAGGCAGAGGAAUGUUACAACCCAGGCCUCCGACAGAGCCCAGGUCUACUGCCAGACCACACGCCGGGUCUAGCAUGACACAACCGAGCCGAUUGCUCAAGUCAUCUGAUUUGAGCCCCAGUCAGGGUAAUGAUACCUCUGAGGCAAGCCCAAAGAGGCCCAGCGGGUCAGUGGCCCACACCAGCAACUCAGAAAUUCAGAACUCUGCUGUGUUCUACACGGGUCAGAUUCACAUGUUUGAGCCACCUUCUGUCAGCUUUGAUGCCCCCAUGUCUCCAUGUGCCAGCCAGGCUCCUGCCAGCAACAACACUGCUGCAGCCAACAUGGCCUCGCCGGGAGUCAACCAGGUCUCCAGUAGCACGGUGGAUUCUUCCACAAGCGGAUCUGGGGGCGCGGAGCACGCCCAGAUCGACUUUGACACCAUGCUCGAUGACGGGGACCACUCGAGCCUAAUGUCAGGCACCCUGAGUCCUGGCCUUCUGCAGAGCCUCUCUCAGAGUUCCUCACGUCUCACCACCCCCCGCAACUCUGUCACCCUCGCGUCCGUACCAGCAGGGAUUGGCAACAUGGCCAUCGGUGACAUGAACUCCAUGCUCACAGCUUUGGCUGAGGAAAGCAAGUUCCUCAACAUGAUUAGCUGAGAGCAGUCAAACACCUCAUCAUCCAUCCAUUCUUACCAUGUCUAUCAGGAAUAUAAGGACUACACAAGAAAGCACUGAUUGUACAAUGCAAAACUGGUCAUUAUAUAAACUUUUUCUACAUUGUUCAUAGUAAUAUGCUUAUCUUGUAAUAUUUGUUUCAGAUUAUAUGUUACAUUCAAAAGUUAAUAGUAAAUAUAGAUAGGGUUAAGGACCAUUUUCUAUCAUUUGUUAAAAAGCCAUACUUUUUAGCUACAUGUCUAUGAUAGUCCAGGGUAUAUAAAUGCAUCAAGAACAAUUGCCAUUCAGUAUUUGCCGGCGUAACAGGCCUUUACAAAGUGGUGCACUGAUAGCAGUUCACAUAGUGCCUUGCUGAGGACAUAAAGAGUGAGAAUCUGAGUACGACACGAAAACAGACUCAUCAGGAAAUGAAGAGGAUAUGCAGCUCUCAGACUGUUAUGUGUAGGUGACACUGUACGGUACCUGCUCUGAGAUAUGUUACACACCUGACGUUUAAACUAGAGCUGUCAAACAAGUUAUAAAUGAUAAAUUCAUUUGGAACUGACUUGAGUCAAAUUAACUCAUGUAAGUGUUUUCAGGCGAUUGUUAAAACAGAUCAUGGGAGCGUGGAGGUGGUUCAGGCUCAGCGGUACGUUCGGCCCACAUCAGCUGCUUCCCCUCCACGCCUCCGACCGGCAGACCUCACACAGGGCGCUCUGAUUACGUUACUUUAGCUUCUGCAUUUGCUGCACAUGUGCAAGCUGCUUUUGACCCACCGCUCCUAAUGCUGUCUGACUUCAUCAGAAAGUUAAUCUGCAGUUCACAUAUGUUCACAUAUGCACUUAAUGUAACCAUCCUGCAGCAGAGCUGCUUCUGCUGCCUUCUGCAUCGUUUUUCUUUUAUGUACUAAAUGUUUAAAAUAAAUUUUUUGGAGUGUGUCACCAACACAUGCUUCAUAAAAUCUGAUUAAAUGUGGUUUACAGAGUGAAGCAUUUGACAGCCCUAGUUUAAACACACAGAUUUUAAGCGCUCUCUGAUCAGGAUCUGAGCUCGUGAGGAUGUGAGGUGUGAUUUCCUCCUCUGCCCUCUGGAUCAGACGUUCACUCUCCUCGGUCCCGUCUCACAAGGGUACAUGAUUGAAAAGGACAAGGAUGUGCAUCAGUGUUAGGCCAUCAGGGCACAUGAACCCCUGUGCAUCUGAUGAGGAGCACUCUCUGAAAGAAUAUACAAGUACCUCUGUGUGUUCUCAGUAGAGAUCCAACCCUAAUUAACACAUUCAUACCCCCCCCCCCCCCACACACUGCACCCCAGCUCUCCCCCGGGUCCUCGAUGAACUGCAGAGUCCAGGAAAGGACUCAGACUUUGAUAAUCUGGUUUUUCUGACAGGAUCGUCUGCAAACUCCUGUUUUAUUAUGUUUGCUCAAAUUCUAAGUAGCCUUUCAAAUGUCUGUGUGUAUGCUACCAUCCACUUUUACUAUGCUUGCUGUGUAUGUAUAUAGCUUUUGUACAUUUCAAAUAAACUAUCUCCUCUUUUUCUGUCUGAAUCCGCUCGCUGCAUCUUUGAAUCUGUGUUCCCUGGAGACGGACCGUGGAAGCGAGGCUGCACU